GAUAUUUCUUGAAAGGUAAAGCAUUUUCUUGCAAUAUUUUCUAAUCGUGUUGUAAUGAGUCACUCCCAUGUGCUCCUCUGUUAGAGCAAUUACUCAGUUAACUUGAAGAAAAAGUUAGUCAGGGUUGAGUGUAGAGACGAAGGUUAAGGGAGUGUGAAAGCCUCCUUUGAUACCGUUCUGUGGAUGCUUGUUUCAGUUGUAGAAUCCGGGUCCGUCUCCUGUUGCGUCUGGAUAUCGAAAUGUUGCGCGCAAACGCAGGGCGAGUCUCCACGAGCCUCUCCUCAGUUUUGUUGGACUGAUUUCGGACCGGGUGAAUUAUGAAUGAUUAUAACCUAAAGAUGAAUCUCUCAUCAAUGAACUCUUCCUCAUGGAAAGCUGAGUCGCUGGUCAUUUCUUUGGGCUUUUCGGUCAUUUUCCUGGUCGGCACCGUGGGAAACUCUCUGGUCCUCGCGGUUCUGUUUCGUAACGGACAGAUGAACAUCAAAACCACCAACAUGUUCAUCUUCAACCUCGGGAUAGCAGAUCUGUGUUUUAUUGUUUUCUGCGUGCCCUUUCAGGCCACCAUCUACACUCUGGAUGAAUGGGUGUUCGGUCCUGUGGUGUGUAAGGUCGUGCACUUCAUCAUUUUUCUCACGAUGUACGCGAGCAUCUUCACCCUGACAGCUGUUUCCCUGGACAGGUAUUUAGCUAUUUGCUACCCGCUCCGCUCUAGAGAGAUGAGAACCCCCAAGAACGCGAUCACCUCCAUCUGCCUGGUUUGGGCCUUGGCGCUGGUUUUCUCAGGACCAUAUCUGAGCUACUACUCGCAGAUGGACCUGGCCGGCACUGUGGUGUGUAUUCCUGACUGGGAGUCCAAUCCACGCAUCAUCAUGGACGUGUGCACCUUCGUCUUUGGCUACCUCAUCCCCGUCCUGGUGCUCGGCCUCACCUACGCCCGCACCAUCCGAUACCUGUGGACCAGCGUGGAUCCUGUGAAGGACAUGUCUGAGUCAAGGCGGGCCAAGCGCAAAGUCACCAAGAUGAUCGUCGUCGUCGCUGCUCUCUUCUGCCUCUGCUGGCUGCCCCAUCACGUGGUCAUCCUCUGCAUGUGGUUCGGAAGCUUCCCCCUCAAUCACACCACCUACGUCCUGCGCAUUCUGUCACACCUGGUGGCUUACACCAACUCCUGCCUCAACCCCAUCGUCUAUGCACUCAUCUCCAAGCACUUCCGCAAGGGUUUCAGGAAGGUGUUCAGCUGCUCGCUGAGGAGGAAGGAGGUCAACAAGGUGCACGUUGUUCAGGCGGUGAACACGGUCAGCAGCAUGGAGACGUCCAACUGAACACAAAGACAUUGAACCAGACAGGAUGGAGGACAGGAUGAGCCAACUGAACAUUUAUGAACAUACUCAAAACCUUGCUUUAGAUGAAACCAUGUCCCAAAAGUAUUAAAUUCACUGAACUUACGAGCAUCACGACUGUGGAGCUUACUUGUCUUUAAGGAAAGACCUUAAUGAUGCAAGUAUACAAAUGAGAAUACCUCAGACUUCAGGAAAACAGAAAAGCUGCAGAGGCUGCCUGCACUGAAUUAUUGACCGGUAAUCACAGAGGAAUAGAUGAAUGGAGUAGGGAUGUCAAUGAUUAAACACUAAGAGUGUUUUUGACCAGUGACGCAUGUAGGUCUAGAGGUUAAUUUACAGUCUAAUUGGGCUGUUCAGAGAGGCUAAGCGUCUGCAAUGCUGGGCCCAGUAAGUGUGCAUCCAGCUGUGUUCGCUUUCAAAGCUAAUUAUAAAGCAGGCCAGAAAGCAAGCAAGUGAUUGUUGAAAACAUUUCAAUUCAGAAUCUAUGUGUCAUUUGAUUUGCCUACAUGACCAGGGAUGUUGAAAGCAAAGCCUAGCGACCGAAAAACAGUCAAUAUGUGACCGAUUAUAGA